AUAAGUUAUUUAUUUGGAUUUUUGCCCCUAGGUUAUUCCUGAAACCCUAACCCAAGUUCCGUGUCCCUCCUUUUCUCACUUCCAUCUCGCCCCCUUUCUCUGCGGCUCUGCGCCAAACGCUCGCCGUCGCGGAGAAGGACCCCCCCUACUCUUUGAGAACCUACGGUAAUUCCUUCUUUCAUAGCUAGAAUCUGUGAAUUCUAUGCAUCUUGGGUUCGUUUUUCAUGUUAAAUUGUGUUGUUAUGAUGUGAAUCGGAAAUUCCUGUGGAUUUCUCAAGCUGGUCAGUUUGGGAGAAACUGAAUCAAGGAAACGUUCAUCGAUCUAGAAUUUGGAAGGCUAAGGAUUAGGAUUGGAACCUUUUUUUGCAUGGCUGAAAUGGAAUAGGGUUUGUGAAUGAUUCCUUAGCUUUAUCGUCGUUUGAUUUGCUGAUAUGUGUGGCCUUCGACAGAUUUUGACUCUUUAGAUUCUGAAUUUCUGGCCUAAACUUUGAAAAGCUUAUCAUAAAACAGGGAAUUAAUUUGCUUUUAUUGGUUGUCUUGAGUUUCACUGAUCAUAUUAUUAUUUUGUUAUUCAUGGAACCAAUCUGAAUAUCAGUGUUCUGAAUUGAUUGUUUGCUGGCGUUAAGUUUUCUGCAACUAGUUUAUUCUCCUUGGACGCUCUUAUCUGCUCUGUUUGCAAUGGGUAUCUGUUCAUUCUGCUUGCUCAGUUACAGUAUACUUGGUUCUCUACUUUUAAUUAUUUGUCAAGAAGUCUCUCGAUUUCUUUUUCUUGCUGUUUAACAAGUCAAGUGUUUGUUUCAGAUCCCUUACGAUGGCUGACAGUGAUGAUAAGAACAUUGAGAUCUGGAAGAUCAAGAAGCUCAUCAAGUCUCUGGAAGCUGCCAGAGGCAAUGGGACAAGCAUGAUUUCCCUCGUCAUACCUCCACGCGACCAAAUCUCUCGUAUUGCAAAGAUGCUUGGUGAUGAGUAUGGAACUGCUUCAAACAUCAAGAGCAGGGUCAACCGUCAAUCUGUUCUGGGCGCCAUCACGUCUGCUCAGCAAAGGCUGAAACUCUACAAUAAGGUCCCACCUAAUGGUCUUGUGCUCUACACUGGAACAAUUGUCACUGAUGAUGGCAAAGAGAAGAAGGUGACUAUGGAUUUUGAGCCCUUUAGGCCCAUCAAUGCAUCUCUUUACCUCUGUGACAACAAGUUCCAUACUGAAGCCCUGAACGAACUUCUAGAGUCGGAUGACAAAUUUGGAUUCAUUGUCAUGGAUGGUAAUGGUACCCUGUUUGGAACACUGAGUGGCAAUACCCGAGAAAUCCUCCAUAAGUUCUCAGUUGACCUGCCUAAGAAGCACGGAAGAGGAGGACAGUCUGCUCUUCGAUUUGCUAGGCUCCGGAUGGAGAAGCGCCACAACUAUGUGAGGAAGACUGCUGAGCUGGCGACACAAUUCUUCAUAGAUCCUUCAACAAGUCAGCCUAAUGUAUCGGGUCUUAUACUGGCUGGUUCGGCCGACUUCAAGACUGAGCUGAGUCAGUCUGACAUGUUCGAUGCUCGACUUCAGGUCAAGAUUCUGAAUGUGGUGGAUGUCUCUUAUGGCGGGGAGAACGGAUUCAAUCAGGCAAUCGAGCUGUCUUCAGAGAUUCUCUCCAAUGUGAAGUUUAUUCAGGAGAAGAGGCUGAUAGGGAAGUACUUUGAGGAGAUUAGUCAAGAUACUGGGAAAUACGUGUUUGGUGUUGAUGACACGUUGGCAGCUUUGGAUAUGGGCGCUGUUGAGAUUCUCAUUGUUUGGGAGAAUUUGGAUGUUAACAGGUAUGAGCUGAAGAACACUGCAACGAGCGAGAUUGUAAUAAAACAUUUUACCAAGGAGCAAGAGAUGAACGAAAGCAACUUUAGGGAUGCAGCUACCAAUGUCGAGCUCGAGGUUCAGGAGAAGUUGCCUCUGCUAGAGUGGUUUGCUAAUGAGUACAAGCGAUUCGGCUGCACACUCGAGUUUGUUACAAACAAGUCCCAGGAAGGGUCCCAGUUCUGCAGAGGGUUUGGUGGUAUUGGUGGCAUUUUGCGCUACCAGGUGGACAUGAGGUCGUUUGACGAGGUUUCUGAUGAUGGAGAAGUGUACGAUUCUGAAUAGCAAUCAGCCAAAUCUACGGUCCUGCUGGUGCAGGAUUGCAGGGACGAUCAAGUGCCUGCACCAGCAGAAGGCGUGCCGGUCGCGGGUCCACCUGCGGCUCGGGAUGCGGAGCUCCCUGCUGCCAAGUGCUCAGACAAAGAAAUUCGCUACUUUAAUUCAGGUACUGCCAAUUUCUUCUCCAUCACCUCAAUAUUGCAGUUCAACCUUUUUCUAUCCUGAGCUUGUUCCGGGUUGAAUCUCCUGCAAAAUCAUAAGAUUUGCAGAGUGGAUUUGUUUGUUUAUGUUUUGCUGCAGCUGUUUUUACUUUCUUUUGAUCUGCUUCCAAUCCGUUUCAAUUUCCCUGUUCCAGGAGGGGAGGUUUAUGGUAUACAAAGCUUCAAGGGCGAAAACAUUUUUGAAUCUCGUUAUGCAUCUGGGGAAGAACGGUUUUGUUUGGGUGGAGGACAUCUCAUUGAACUUUGGGUUUAAGCACUAGACGCCCUCUACUGAUGAAGGGAUAGUAUUCAUCAUAUAGUUGGGUCUCUAUGUUUACAGAACCGGACGUGCUGUCCUUUUUACAUAUUUUAGCCUAUGGUUGUUGUCCUCUACUUUGUGCUGCCCCUAAUGCGAAGUUUGCAGAAGUAUACUAUUUCACUAUGUGGUUCUACGUCUUGGUUGUUGUCUACUUUUCUUACAGUGGUUUGAGGAUGGUUUUUCUUACGCUGAGUUCGGACCAUAUAUAUGAUUGCCUUCUCUACGUUUGCUUGUUGCUGUUGAAUCGUGCCUUGUGUUUCUUGGUGUUUUUCUUUUGGGAUGAAUCGAUGCUAGCCUAGUUAGUUAAGUAAUUCAGCUUCAGUUCUCGAGCGAAUAUGAUUAUGGC